GAACAGGCCAUGGCCGAUGACGGAGCACGACAUUCCCCGCCACCAUGCAGUCAUCGCCCCCAACUGUUGUAUCCAUUCCUUGCAUUUGUCUUAUACUAACUACAAUCACUACAUCUUUGCCAUUGACUCUAUCGGUCCAAUACAAUGACACGGGCAACGCAGAUCCGUCGAAUAGCGGUUAUUGGCGCAGGACCCUCGGGCCUUGCAGCGGUCAAGUACUUGCUAGCCGAGAGAUUCUUUGACAGUAUCGAUGUCUUCGAGCAGAGGACUUCCGCAGGUGGCGUCUGGAACUACUCUCCGCGUUCUCUGAAGGACAAUCUGACCAGCACUAUACCGCAACUGGACCCGCACCAGCCCCUCGAAGAGCCAGUAUGGUACACAGCCGAGGGGCGGCGAGAGCCGGUCUUUGUCUCGCCAAUCUACAAAGCAUUGGAGACCAAUCUCCCCAAGGAGAUCAUGCGGUACAGCGACAAGCAUUUCGAUGCCAAGACCCAAGUCAUGCCCACGCAUGCCACCGUGAAGCAAUAUCUCCAGGAAUAUGCGGAGGAGAUCCGCAACCUCAUCCAAUUCGAGACCCAGGUCUCGGAAGUCAGGAAGGAAGUACUCGGCGCAGGUAGCUGGUCGGUCACGACAAGAAACCUGCGCACGGGAGACAAAACGACCGCCUCGUACGACGCUGUUGUGGUCGCCAGCGGGCAUUUUGAUCUCCCGUAUACACCAGAUAUCCCUGGCAUCAGAGAGUGGAACGCGGCAUAUCCUGGAGCUAUACUGCACUCAAAGCUGUAUGACUCUGCGGAGCAAUUUCGCGGCAAGAAGGUCAUUGUCGUGGGGAGCUCGGCGUCGGGCCUCGAUAUCGGUAACCAGAUCAACGAGGUCAGCAAGGGCAAGGUCAUCGUCUCCGAGAGAAAUCCAUCGCUUCUGGCGUCCUCCGCAACAGACUCGAGCAAGGUGUAUCGACCCCAGAUCGCGGAGUUCCUGCCGUCGGACUCGCAUAGCAGAGCGGUCCGCUUUGCAGACGGUCAAGUUGAGGGCGAGAUCGACGCCAUCGUGUUCUGCACCGGCUACUUAUAUUCAUUUCCUUUCUUGUCCUCACUGGAUCCACCUAUUAUCACGAACGGCCGCCGCGUGCUGAACACAUACCAGCAUCUCUUCUAUAUCCAUGAUACCACGCUGGUGCUCAGUGUUCUUCCGCAAAGAGUCAUUCCAUUCCCCUUGUCAGAGAAUCAGGCGGCUGUUUUUGCGCGCGUAUGGUCAGGGCGUCUUGGCCUUCCACCGAGAGAUGAAAUGAGAGAGUGGGAACAGUCCACUCUGACUGAGAAGGGAGACGGGACGCCGUUCCACUUGCUUCCGUUCCCCCAGGAUGCUGAUUAUAUGAACUUCUUGCACGACUGGGCAGCCAAGGCUAAACCUCGACAGGGGCUUGAUCAUAACGGACAUGGUAAACCUUGCAACUACUGGGGCGAGAGAGAGAGGUGGAUCCGGGGAUCGAUUCCGGAUAUCAAACGCACAUUUGCGCAGAAAGGUGCCGAGCGCCGCCUGGUCAAGGCUCUCGAACAAAUCGGGUUUGAGUUUGAUAAGUGGAAAGAGGAGCGGAAGAACUCUGCUGGUGCACAUAGACUCUAGAACUCGUUAG